CCAGUUGUUCCUGAAAUGACAACUGACAUAGAGCCAAUCAGGAACCGUGUUUACCGUAUGUCAACCUCGGUAUUUCGAUUUAAUUCAACCGUGGCCAGGGCGGCUGCAGAACAUUCAUAGCACAUAAAUGGUUACUAAGCUGUAUUGAUACUAAUUUAACAUUAACGUUAAAAAAUAACUACCACCUAAACAUGGACAAAGACGAAAACUUCGCUUGCACUUCCGACUGGCCAGAUUUGGCAUCCUCAAGCACUGAGAAUUCGCUUUCAGCAAGAUCAAAAGAGCAAUAUAAUAAAACUUAUGCAAGUUUUAUAAGCUGGCAACAACAAUCACACACGAAUUCUUUGUCAGAAAAUGUAUUAUUGGCAUAUUUCACAACAUUGGCAAAGACAAUGAAACCAUCCACAUUAUGGGCCACUUAUUCAAAGUUACGAGGUACAAUUGAGCUAAAAAACAAUGUGGACAUUAGCAAUUAUGACAAGCUUCGAGCAUAUUUGAAAAACCAAUCUGUUGGAUUCACACCAAAGAAGUCUAAAAUCCUUAGUGAUGAACACAUCAAACAGUUUUUAUUAUAUGCUCCAGAUUAUAAGUUUUUAUUUACCAAAGUUGCUUUAAUUUUUGGAAUUAUGGGAGCAUGCCACAGGGAGGAACUACAGAGCAUUGAAACCCACCAUGUUAAGGAUGACAAUUCAACUUUAUUAGUCCAGAUUCCCAAUACAGCAACAACAACUGAGCGACAAUUUGUAGUUGGAGGUGAAUUUUACCAAACUUGUAAAAAAUAUAUGGAACUGCGACCACCUGACAUUAACUGUUCUCGAUUUUUUCUCAAUUAUUAUAAUGGGAAGUGUAUAUCGCAACCAACAGGCAUAAAUAAAUUUGGAAAUCUCUCACGAGUAGUGGCUGAAUUCCUUAAACUGCCUGAACCAAAAUCAUAUACUGGAAGACAUGGAGGCUGGAAGUCAACUACAUUUGCUGAAACUUGUAGUGAUCACUCUUUAAGUAAGAAAAUCCAUGCUGCAAAUCUUAUAAUGAAGCAUAUAGAGUCAACAACAAGUGAGGAUGCUACAAAUAAUGACAUUGCCAUUAGCACCCCCAUCAGAACUAAAGUCAAUGAAGUAACUACCUCUGGUACUACUAUCAACCACAAUGACCACAUAUUUAAAAACAAUAUAAAGAACUAUAGUACUAAUGCAGGGCCAGUUACAAUUUCAUAUUCUAAUUGCAACAAUGCAUCGAACAUAUCAUUUAAUAUUCAUAUCCGCAAGUAGUUUGUUCCUAGAAAAAAUUGUUUUUAAUUUUUAUUUUCAGUAUUUGCGAUAAUUAUUAUAAAUAUAAGUUAUUUAUUAAAUUAUUAACAUGCAUUUUUCGGAUGGAAGUAGAAAAAAUACACUCUUGAAUUGUGCCACUGAAGGUAACAUUUAAAAUUAGCAUGGCCGUACAGACCUGAUCAAAAAAUGUACAACUAAUCACGUGUAUAAUAUAAAUGUACCUUAGAAAUUUUGUUUACUAAUGCUUAACGCUCUUACUUUGAUAAAUGCAGUGUGUAAACAAGUAAUACUAGUGGACUAGUAAUCUAUGGCUACUAUAGCUUAUGAUAACAAUACAGUCUAUAUGCAAUUUUGUUAUUAUCGUAUUCACUUACUACAUUUUUGUUCUUUACCCUAAUCUGAUGUUUUUGCAGUUUAGAAAAAUAUAUUGAAAAUUUAGAUAUUUUCGGUCUUUGGUAAAUAAAAACAAUUCAUUGCUCUGUAUACUUUCAUUGAAUACUGCGUUUUAUCGGCCGAAAUAGCUCAGUUGGGAGAGCGUUAGACUGAAGAUCUAAAGGUCCCUGGUUCGAUCCCUGGUUUCGGCAAUACUUUUGUUUUAUUCAUGUUUGAACAACUGAUUAAAUAAUCUCUAUUUCAAAUUUACAAUUGCACACUUUGCCACAAGAAGUUAUUCUGCAUCACUGUUUUACAACAGCGGCCGUUUAUACUUUAUUUGUGCUGUUAUUCAAUUUCACGAAGUAUAGAUAUACUAUAUAUAUAUCUAUACUUCGUGUUCAAUUUAAAAACGACAUCGUUUGACUUUGACUCAAGGUCACAGUGGUUCUGUCAAAAUAUAACGAACUUUUCAUGUUUUCUGCUAGGCAUUACAAAAUGCCGAGUUUAUACAGCCGAAACUGAAGAAUUUACUUGCUGUUCGCCAGGAAGCAGUAUGGACUCCGACAAAGAGUUUAUGUCCACAAUCAAACGUUUUACGGAAUAUCAACACAGAGCAACUAGAGAGUUUGCAGCAAUCAUCAGAACUGGAAUAAACAACCAGUGCAAGUUCAAAAUCGAGCCUCAACCAUCACAAAUCAACCCGUCUCAAGUAGAAAAAACUAAAACAGUGCUAAACAAGUGUGAAAGCAUCAAUAAUCAAACACCUGAUUGGUCAGCUUUGUACAAUGAAUUAAAACUUACAGACUCUAUCAUAUCAUCACCAGAAUUUAAUUUAUAUAAAAAAUUAUAACAACUUUAACAAUCUGUACACAUCUUUUAUAUCUCUAAGUCUAGGACUUGUCAUCUAGAAUAAAACAAAAUUAUAAUUCAAAA